UUCUACGUAAACCCCUUGUAAACCCUAACGUAUACGUUCAAUUGUGGACGCACCCUUUAGGAAAAUGACGUGAUAGGCUUGCACGUUAAUGUCCGCCUGCCGUACAUACAUAUAUGUAUAGUGUCUGAUCGUAUACAUAUUCCAGCUUUUUCAUCAAAAUUAAUAAUGGUGCAUUAGUCUUGUAUUAUUAAAAAUGAGUAUCACUCGAUUGCAAAAUGAAAGGAAAUCAACUGCGUCAAUAAUAGAAUAAGUGGAGAGUGAUCCCAUUUUACAAGCAACAUGUCGGAGUCUACGGAAAAAACUAAUUUCAACAUUGAUAUUGUGUUGCCACAACAAGGUUUACUCUACAGCCAAGUUACACCCGAUUAUAUCCUUUGCAAGCCUAAACUCAUGCCAUUGAAGUCUGUGACUUUAGAGAAACUAGAGAAAAUGCAAAAAGAUGCUGAACUCAAGUUGAAAGUGUUACAGAACGCUGAAAAUAUGUCUCACGAGCAUUGACACAAAUAUAUAGCGAUAUAAGACAGUAUUCAGUGUUUUUUGUAUCAAUAUUAGAUGUGAUCCAGUAGAAAAAGCAAAAUGACACUUGGACCCCUCUUGACAGAGGUCAUUUUGACCUUCUGCCUUGCUGCAACUUUAUUAUACAGAUAUGGAAAUGUCUUUCGCCAUCAUCCGAUUGUCACACUUUCAGUCUUAGUUGCCUGGUACUUUUCUCUACUUAUUAUAUUUGUCCUACCACUGGAUGUAUCUUCAACGGUAUUUAGACAAUGUGUCGAAGCAAGUUUUAGUAAUUUGUCCAUGAUAAAUACUUUUGAAAAUACUACCGACAAACCAACUCAUGAAUGCAAAGAACCAUGGUCAAUGGUAGAAUCACCUGAUAAUGUGUAUCAUAAUCUCUGGAGAGUGGUCUAUUGGACAUCACAGUGUUUAACAUGGUUAAUCUUGCCAUUAAUGCAGUCCUAUAUAAAAGCUGGAGAUUUCAACAUACAAGGAAAACUGAAAUCUGCACUAAUAGAUAAUGCCAUUUACUAUGGAAGUUAUUUGUUUAUAUGUGGAGUUUUAUUGAUUUAUAUUGCCUUAAAACCAGGAGUGGAUCUUGAUGGUCCAAAAAUUAAAGCGAUUGCCUCCUCUGCUUCAAAUACUUGGGGUUUGUUUUUACUGGUAUUACUUCUUGGUUAUGCUCUAGUAGAAGUUCCACGAGGUUUAUGGAACUCAAGUAAACCAGGAUAUACAUUGAACUAUAGCUACUUUAAAGCAGCAAAACUAAGUAUAGAAAAAUAUGAAGCUGAAGAAACUGUUGAUGAUGUAUUGGAAUCAUUACAAGCAGCCAAUUUGGCGAUUAAUCCCGGACAUCCAUUCCAUCGUUAUUUAGAGACAAUAUUUCAAAAGGUACCAGCUGAACUCAAAGAUAAAAUGAAUCGAAGGCAAUUGCCAGAAGAUACUCCUCUUGAUGUACCAUCAGAGAAAGCAUUGAUUCGAUUACAUAGGAAUACUAUGAAAUCACUGCAGACUCUACAAAGAACAGAGACACAAUGGGGUAUCUUAGUAGAUGAUAUUUUUGAUCUAGAAGAUAUUUCAAGAAAUCAAACUAGUCAUGAUAGAAGAUUUAAGCCUACCUUUCCUGUACAACGUCCAUUGAUACUACGUAUUUUAUAUAAUCCUAGCAUAGAAUGGUAUUGGAAAUGUUUGAUCAAAAGUCAUGUGCAAAAAGCAGCAGCUGUAUUGGCAGCAACUCUAUCAAUAGCUGUAGUUUGGUCAGAAGUGACUUUUUUCAACAAAUCGCCAGUAUUGUCACUAUUUGCCGCUUUUGUUAAUUCGGCAAAAGUAAAGUACGAUUAUUUUACAAUCGAGGUGCUCUCAACAUUGGUGAUUGCGUAUUUAUGUUAUUGCGCAUACUCGACGGUUUUGAAAAUACGAGUAUUAAAUUUAUAUUAUUUGGCUCCACAUCAUCAAACCAACGAGUACAGUUUGAUUUUCAGUGGUAUGAUGUUGUGUCGACUUACUCCGCCCAUGUGUUUGAAUUUCCUUAGUUUAAUUCAUAUGGACUCGCACAUUAUAAAAACUCAAGUGAUGGAAACUCAAUAUACCCAGGUGAUGGGUCACAUGGACGUAAUAAAAAUUGUGUCGGAUGGAUUUAAUAUAUAUUUUCCCAUGGGGAUUCUCGCAUUUUGCUUAGCAACUUACUUUAGUCUCGGAAGUCGUUUGCUAUCUAUGCUUGGUUUCCAACAAUUUCUGGGCGAUGACGAGCUUACAACUGAUCUUGUUGAAGAAGGCCGAGAAUUGAUAAAAAGAGAGAGGCGGAAACGCCAAAGAGUAGAAGAUUCAAUAAAUCGUCGUCGAGAACUUCAAGAAAGAUUCCCCGGAACUACGGGAAAUAUGUCGCGUUAUCGAACUUCAAGGCAGAGUACGGAUACGGUACGAUCGUUGAAAAGGGACGAGUCAAUCGAGUCGGCGCGCGCUGGCUUGUUACGAGACUUCGAACCCAUGUCGGAGUACAACGUGGGAAGUACACACUCGUUUAGCAACGAGAAUUACGGGGCCAAUGAUCGCUUCGUGCGUGGAUUCCAAGGUGACGACUACUCAGACUUUUCCACAGAUAAUCUGCGUACUUUCACGACGAACAGUAGCCGCGUUGGUCCGCCACCCAGAGGUCUGUUCGAUGAUAUCUAGACGAACUUGCAACGAAUUCGAUAGCCGAUCAUUCACGCACGAGAACUAAGGGAAGAAGUAAUGCGCCUUGGAAGUCGGUUGCUAUCAACUGAGUACGUCAAUCUAUUUACGCUAAAUACGUCUACAUUGUUGAAAAAUACACGUAGGUUGUGUUAAUGUUAGAAGGCAAAUGAAAUUUUUUGAAUCCUUUACCGUGCUAAAUUCAAUUUUGAUUGAACUAAAAAACCAUCAAUCCAUGCAAUCAAAACAAGGGAAACCUACAGGAAUCUCACAAAUAAAAAUGAUGUACAUACAUAAAUAAAAUAAAAUUUUAUUCCUUUUACAAAAACUUUUGGUAUAUGAAAUAAAAUGUUUUUACGCAGGCGGUAUAAUAUUUAAUACGUAUCUCGACAAAUAAACAAUUUUGAAUACGCGCCAAAUAAUUGGAAGACGGUUAUUGAAUCAAAUAUUUGACCCAGUUGAUGACAAUAUGACUUUCUUGCAUGUAGAAGUAAUGUGUUUACUGUAGGCAUCAUAUUAUACAAUGAACAGUAAUGUACACUUAAUGGUCAGUCAUCAGUUGUUAAAUUGCUGCCUUAAAAAAUAGAUAAAGUAAGACGAUACAUACAUGUCUUAUUGUGUAUGAAGCCAUAAAUUACUUUUUGAUAAGGUAUAUAGUUUCAAAAUAGUUUAAUACAAGGUUUGUUUACUUAAUUCAGAUCUAGGGGAUAGUGGGUACAUGCAUAUGCUUAAUUUAUUUCAACUGAUUUCAUUCUAAAAAAAAGUGCAUUAGAGAAUUUCAGUAAAUGUAAAGACGCAUAAUUCUAUAUAAUUGAUAUGCAAGUUUUCCAUGAAAUGAUUAGUCCAAAGGUUAGAAUAAUUAACUCAAUCGUAUUGUAAGUUUUCUUGAUACGCACAUCGAUUAAGGGUGUAUAUGAUACGCAAAAAAGUUAAUCUACUGUAGUUACGGUGCUGUUGAAUAACAUGGCAUAAAUUCAAUUAGAUAGAACACAAUAAAAAAUUCAAGGCUUUUAAAGUUUAACAUAAUCAAAAAAAAUAUCAAUUUAAUUAUAAAGUUAAUUAAAUUAGUAACAUAAAUUAAUAUAUGUGAGUGAGAUAUUAAUUAUAGUUUAUUGUCAACUUUAAUAACAAUUUAUUUGUAUAUUUGUAUGUUGCGUUAAUUGUGAAAUAAAACGUUACAGUUUAUAGGUCUUUUUAUUGGAAAUGUACACAUAAGGGUAAUAUGAUUGCAAUUGUGAAUGAUACAUUUUUUGAUUAAUAAAUGUCAAAUCAUUUUAAUUAUAUAAAAA